AACUUCGAAAUUUUCAUAGCAACUGAUUUGUGCAUAGCGCAUUUAAGAAAACUGUCUGGUGGAAUUCACACAAUUCACAAAUUGCUGUUGACAGUGAAUAUAACUUGACCAACAUUUGCAUUCCGUACACCAUAAGAUCGGCAUAUUAAUUUGCAUAAUGGAUAUUGAAAUAUUGUCAACAACUGGCACAAAAACUUUUGGAAGAUGUCAAGUUCCGGCCAAUACUACAGUUGGAGAUCUACGUUAUAUUAUUCAUAAAAAAUUCCGUAGCACACCGGCACCGGAGCGGCAGUCCUUACGAUUGGAGCCGCGUGGCAAAGCUCUGAAAGAAACUGACACUUUAGAGGCGGCUAACGUGGGAAAAUCCAGCAAGAUUUACAUUAAAGAUCUCGGCCCACAAAUUGGAUGGAAGACUGUAUUUUUAGCUGAGUACGCUGGUCCGCUUUUCGUAUAUCUUAUCUUCUAUGGACGUCCUAGUUUUAUCUACGGUGAAGCAGCAGAUACACCUAUUUCUUUAACAGCACAUAUCGCUGCUGGCUGCUACAUUGUACAUUAUGUUAAGCGAAUUUUGGAGACUAUUUUUGUACAUCGUUUCUCGCACGCUACUAUGCCCAUUCGUAAUCUGUUCAAAAAUUGCAGCUACUACUGGGGAUUCACCGCAUACGUUUCCUACCACGUUAAUCACCCAUUGUUUACCAGUCCCUGUGCUCUUCAAGUCUGGGGUUCUCUAGCAGCUUUCGCGAUAUGCGAAAUCGGCAAUUUCUCAGUACACAUUGCUCUACGCAACUUGCGUCCGCCUGGCACAAAGGUGCGCCGAAUUCCAGUACCUGAUGGCAAUCUCUUCACAAAAUUAUUCAAUUUGGUUUCCUGUCCGAACUACACAUAUGAGAUUGGUUCUUGGGUAGCAUUCUCUCUGAUGACUCAAUGUCUACCAGCUAUGCUUUUUGCUAUUGCUGGAGCUUACCAAAUGACUGUAUGGGCCUUGGGCAAGCACCGCAACUACAAAAAGGAGUUCAAAGACUAUCCCAGAGGUCGUCGUGCCAUCUUUCCAUUUGUGCUUUAAAUUUCCAGCAGUAAAAAAUUUGUGCAAAUUUGAAAAUUAUGUUAGACAACAUAAAACAUUUCCAUUGCAAUAUACUUAUUGCAUUAAAGUUUAUAUAUAACAUUUGAACAAACUAAUAUUUAAUUGUCAUAGGUGUUAGAUUUAUCCUUCUCCCGGUGUAGACGCUGUAUUCAUACAAGCAAAUAAGUAUGUCAUACAUGACCUAAUCAAUUGUUAAUAAAUAAUAAAAUGUGGUUUUGUGAAAAAAA